AACAAAUGUGUGUACCAGGCUUAAGUUGUGGUUUUCAAUGGAAUACAUUUUGUGACAUCAUUAACCUCUUGGCGCCGGCACCUCCCGGCCCUUUAAGAGUUUCAGAAGCCGGGAGGUGGGGCAGGGUUUUUUGGGUCAUGUGACCGCCCAGGGGCGGACUGACAACUCAUGGGGCCCCCGGGCAAUAGGGGAUAAUUGGGGCCCCUGUGUCCUUGCCCAAACUCAAAAAAACCUAUGAAAAAGGUACCAGGGGCAUCUCAUGGGUCCCC